AUGUCGGAGCUGUUUGACCUGCUCAACUUUGGUUCGCCGCGCGUAUCUGGCACACCGAGCAGACACAGGAGCCUCUCUCCUUCACCAAGAGGGCGCAUUGCAUGGGAUCAGCCAAGCUCCUCACCACGAGAGGCUCUGUCGCCUCUUCUUGCCGUACCCCCCGCCAAGCCCCGUGAGUAUGUACCUGAGCACGAGGAAAAAGAGAAUGUGAUCCAGGUGCCUGAGAUCCAAAAGAGUCCGAGUGUCACACGAAAUAUUCGCGCGCGCCGCCGCGCACGAGCACAGCACCCAUACACUUACAACAUGUGCUCCCUUGCGCCGCCACCACCGCCGCUAUCCAAAGCAUCGUCGCCCCAGCACAAACGUCGCAGGACUCACAUACAACGUGUUCAAAGUGAUCCUGUCGUGAGCCCCGGGCAUUCCACUCGUGCUGACACCAACCAACCCAGCUCAGACGACAGCUUUUCGCGUGUGCUAGAUGAAGACUUCCCUAUUGACUCUAAUGCCCUAGAAGAGGUGGCAGCAGAGCAAGGAUGGUGA